AUGGAAGUUAAAUUGGAAGGAAACACAACUGCCAUCAAGAACAUGGAGGUGCAGAUAGGGCAAAUGGCAUCCACAUUGAACAUUAUGCAGAAAGGGAAGUUUCCAAGUGACACGGAAGUUAACCCACGAGAACAUUGCAAAGCUGUCACUUUGAGAAGCGGAAAGGAGCUCCAGGAGCCUGAAAAGAAAAAAAUGGAAGAACCAGUCAUCACAACUGAGGAACGGGAAAAUAAGGAGGAAGUUGUAAAGGAGGCCACUCCUACUCUACAGGCUGACAAGCCUACUAGUUCUAUUGCUUCUAGUCUUCCUAACUCUUUACCUUAUCCUCAGCAUGCGUUGGAACAAAUGCCAAAUUAUGUGAGAUUUAUGAAGGACAUUAUGACUGGGAAAAGAAAAUUAGAGGCUUAUGAAACGGUGAAUCUCACUGAGGAGGGCAGUGCAAUCCUUCAGCGAAAACUACCACAUAAAUUGAAAGAUCCAGGGAGUUUUACUAUUCCUUGUACUAUUGGUAGUUCAUCAUUUAAUAAGGCUUUAUGUGAUCUUGGUGCUAAUUUUGUGGUCUUGGACAUGGAAGAAGAUUCAAAGAUUCCUAAAAUUUUGGGACGACCUUUCCUAGUGACUGGACGUGCUAUGAUAGACGUGCAAUUGGGUAAGUUGACUUUGAGAGUUAAUGAGGAGGUCGUUGUGUUCGACAUAUCUCGUGCCAUGAAAUAUCCCAAGGAGGUAAGUACAUGCGAUAUGAUAGAUGUUGUUGAUGCCACUGUGGCUGAAAUAAGAUCUUUUGUUUUAUUUGUUGAUGCCCUUGAAAAAUGCAUGCUUGGUUCUGAUAUUGAGGAAAUAGGGGAAUUAGAUCAGGAGGUUUCUUUUUAUCAUGAUGCUCUUAAUUGA